AACAUGAGUGACACAAGUGAAAUUGAUGAGCCAUUUAGCAGUGGAUAAGUGAUGAUUACGUCCCAAAAAGUGAAAGCAGUGACGAAAAUUAUGCAGUUGAAGCAGAAAAUGCACCUAGAACUAAGAUUAAAAAUAAUCGACGAGACGUGGAUAGUUCCCAGUGGCAGAGAAAUAAACGCAAUAGUAUGUUAGCUAAGGGCGAGAAGCAUUUAAAUAGUUUUUAAAAAAUGAAGGAGGCUCGGAAGACAGGAAACGACUGCAAAUGCAAGUAUAAGUGUUUUGAAAGAGUGACAGAAGAGGACAGAGUAUGUAUACUCAAAAAGUUCAAUGAAAUUAAUGAUAAAAUCCUACGAGACACGUAUCUUUCGGGUUUAAAUUCAUUAUUUCCUGUAUCCAGAGUACGGACAAAGGAUGGCAGCUGUCAUUCAAGGACAGUCAGAAACAAAUAUACUGAGCACCUUGGUGAAGAGUCAAACAAAGUAUGCAAAAAGGCUUUUUGUGCUUUGCAUGGCAUUUCAACAAAAACAGUGGAACGCCUAGCGAUGCGCCCAAAACAGGAUGACUGUUUAACAUCUUCGAAAGAAUAGCGAGGCAAACACCAUAAUAGAGUAAAUGCAAUUUAAUGAAAUUUUCCAGCAAGUUGAUUCCCAUAUAAAGAGUU